GGGGAGCCCCUCUACCAUUACACCCUCGGGUUCCAGUCUGGCUCGGCAGCCAGGACGGGGACAACAGCCAACGUGGAGAUGAAAGCUUUCACUGCGAGAGAGAUGAGGAAGGAGGCUAAAGCGGAUCCUCCUCCUGCACCGCGUUCCUUACCCAGACAAUAAGGCCAAUGGAACAGCAAUGCGUCACCUUUGCGGCUGGUCUGCUGCUCAGCAGUAGCCCUUGUUCUUUUCGGGUUCCUGAUCGGCUACUUGAGCGUCCGUGCACGGAUGCCAGCACCGAAGGCGUGCGUGAACGGUCUUGAGCCGUGUAAGGAUUGCCGCCAGAUGUGCGCCUAAUCUCGAUGAGGCGAAGCACCUGUUUAUUAUCCAGCAGAGGAACCUGUGCUGUACUGGGGGGAACUCCAAAAGAAAUUAUCCGAGAAGUUUGUCGGCGUCAGCUUCCAAGAUAAAAUCAGGAGGGUCUCUGCUCCUUCUCACGAGGCAGGCUCAGCUGGAGACGAGGAUUUGGUCAACUACCUCCACAGUGAGUUUAACAACUACAAGCUGGACAAAGUCUGGAACGACGAGCACUUUGUGAGACUGCAGGUCCCCGGCAGCUCCCCAAAUGUCAUUUCGGUGGAAAUCCCCGGUGGGAGGAAAGAAACGCUUGACGCAUCAAAGGCUUACGUGGCAUACAGUGCAAACGGGACCGUCGCGGGCAAACCAGUUUAUGCCAAUUUUGGCUCCAGUGAAGAUUUUACCGCUCUGAUGGAGAAAAAGAUCAACCUGAACGGGACCAUGAUCAUCACGAGAGCCGGAAAGAUUACUUUCGCUGAGAAGGUGGCCAACGCCCAGAAGCAGGGUGCUGUCGGAGUCUUGAUAUUCCCUUCCCCAGCUGACUACAGAGGUCUACGGGACGACGUGGCGCAGUUUGGACAUGCUCAUCUCGGGACUGGCGACCCUUUCACUCCGGGAUUUCCUUCUUUCAACCAUACCCAGUUUCCGCCGGUUGCAUCCUCGGGCCUGCCGCGCAUUCCUGUGCAGAGCAUCUCUGGCUCUGCUGCAACUAAGCUGUUCAGCCUCAUGAAAGGGUUAGCCUGUCCACCCGGGUGGAGCGGCACGUUCAGCGCUGACUGCAAGCUGGACUCAGGAGAUGCCGAUGGGGUUAGUGUGACCCUCCAAGUCAACAAUGCGCUCGUCGAGAGGAGAAUCCUGAAUGUCUUUGGAGUCGUCAAAGGUUUUGAGGAACCAGACCAGUAUGUUGUAAUUGGAGCCCAGCGUGAUUCCUGGGGGCCUGGGGUGGCAAAGGCUGGGGUGGGGACUGCCCUACUGCUGCAGCUCGCCCGUACGGUCUCGGAGCUAGUGAAAAACGACGGCUAUAAGCCUCGGCGGAGCCUCGUGUUUGCUAGCUGGAGCGCUGGUGAAUUUGGAGCGGUCGGUGUCACAGAAUGGCUGGAGGGCUAUGCUGCCACGCUGCACCUGAAAGCUUUUGCAUACAUCAAUUUGGAUUCAGCAGUGACAGGUUCACGUGACUUCAGAUUCUCUUCCAGCCCCAUGUUGAAACAGCUCCUCAAAGAAGUAGUCAGCAACGUGAAAGUGCCCUUCAGUCUUGGUAACACAUUGGCCGUUAAAGAGGUUCCCUUUCGCAUGGACAACCCGGCCUUUCCCUUCCUGGCGUAUUCGGGAAUCCCGGCCAUUUCAUUCCGCUUCACUGAUACGGGCGGCGUAGAGUAUCCCCACCUCAGCACGAAAGAGGACACGCUGGACAAGCUGAUCAGCUACUUCGGCUCGGAGGACCAGCUGGACGCCACCAUGCGCACCGCCGCUGAGAUCGCUGGCCGCAUGGCCGUCAGGAUGACGCACGACCACGAAUUGUACCUGGACUUCAACAGCUACGACGAAAGCCUUCUCGAUUUCGUACACAAACUGAUGCCGUACAAAAGGAACCUCCGGAACAUGGGGCUGAACCUCCAGUGGCUCUUGGUGGCCCGCGGGGACUUCAGCCGUGCGACCGACGCCCUGAGGAACGCUGUCCGAAACACUGACCUGACCAACAAGGUCGCCUGCCGGGCGUUGAACGACCGGAUCAUGAAAGUGGAAUCCCACUUCCUUUCCCCGUACGUCUCUCCAAUGGACGCUCCUCUCCGGCACAUCUUCUUCGGCUCCGGCUCCCACACUCUCCAGGCCCUGCGGCUGAACAUCCUCAAGACCAACAGAAGUGCCCUUGAGGAAGACCUGUUGAGGAAGCAGCUUGCUCUGGCCACGUGGACAAUCCAGGGGGCCGCCAACGCACUCUCGGGUGACAUCUGGGACAUAGACAAUGACUUUUGAGAACGCCAAGCACUUGAUUCAGAAGUACCAGUUGACAGGGAGACCCCUGCCCCACCUUCCCCGUAGCACAGAACAAAUUCCUCUUAGACCUCCCCCCCUGAGGAUUGGUAGAAGCCCAGAUUAAAAUGUAGAGCCGUUCCAGGUGACAUGAAAUGAGACUCCCCCCCUCCCCCGUUCCCUCUCAAUGCACUGCCCUAGCUAGGGAUUUGGCAAGAGGUCCUUUGAAUGUUGAGUUUAUCAGAGCCUCCUUCAAGUUGAAGGGAAGAAUUGGCAAAGCAGCCCCUUAGCAGAUCUCAAAGUGGCCUCUUCAAACCACCUUGCACGAGUGAAGAACAAUAGUGGAAGUUACGCUUGAGAAAGCAGAAGGUGAAUCCAGAACGCCCUGCAAAGUGCUGAUCCCUAGCUUGGGUCGAAGGGGGGGGGGUCUUCUAGAGCUCUCUCAACCACCUGUUGAGGUCGCUCUUGUCAUUGGGUUGCUCCUGUGUGGGCCAGCUCCACCUUCUGCUUCCGCAAGGGGGAAGGGAUCACCCCAGACGGGGGCUUCCUUUCUCGUUCCUCAGACUGACAGCGGCGGUGCCUCGACGGCCGCCUUGCGCUAGUUCAAAAGCUAACCGGGUAUCCCGUUUCUGGUUUUGGCGAGCCUUCGGAGUUGUACUCCGCCCCUAGUUCGGGAGUCUCCUUUGCUCGCCAAAACGCGGCUCUUGCUGGGACGACCCUGAGGUAUUUAUUUGUUUAUUUAUCAGUGGCAGUGUUCACUAUAAAUGGUGUUUGUUUGUUUUUUCUACUGAGUAUAAUUAUCGGAAGCAGUGACUUCCAUAAUUAUGACAGUUAUACUGUCGUUUUUUUGAUAAAGCAGCAUCUGCUAGUACAAUUCAUUGCGGUACUGGAACUUUUGACCUUUCGGCCUUCAGCGGCAGCCUCGAUUGGAGCCCAGAAGGCUGCUUUUUAGGGGGCAGUCCGUGGGGCAGAAGCCCAUGGGGAGCUGGGCUUUUUCGGCUGUCGUCCAUGAAACGAUGGGGAAAAAUGAGCCCCAAGGUGCGUCUUCUGUCUUGACAUCGCGAAAGACUAGAAGCCGAUUCUUUCUCCCAGUUUCUUCCCGAGGAUGGUGUUGAUUCUCUUCUCGUUGGGCUGACGUCAGCCGCUGCAGGCUUGUGCUAACCUUACACUUGAACCAGAAAUGGCAGCUUUCUAUUCAAAACUUCCAGUACCAUGAUGUGCUGCAACAGGGGCGGCCAACCUAUGGUGCUCCAGAUGUUCAUGGACUACAAUUCCCAU